UAGAAACUCCAACAAGCCCACCAAACUCCAAACCAGCAGCAAUCAAUGCAGCUAUUAGAAAGAAACUUCAAGGAUACGUUGGAUUUGCCAAUCUUCCAAAUCAAGUACAUCGUAAAUCCGUAAAAAAAGGAUUCCAUUUCACAGUUAUGAUAGUUGGUGAAUCCGGGUUAGGUAAAUCCACACUCGUAAACACUUUAUUUGGUACUACUCUCUAUCCACACAAAACUGAAACUGAACCAUCAAGCGAGUCACCUAAAACUGUAGAAAUUCAAUCCCUUAGUGCAGACAUUGAAGAAAAUGGUGUAAAAUUAAGGCUUACAGUAGUAGAUACUCCCGGAUUUGGUGAUUUUGUUAACAAUGAAGAAAG